UAAUUAAAGUAAUAUUUACCAUUAAUUUAUUGUUAAGAAUAAACAACGUUGCAGUUUGUGUUGAAUAAGGACACAUUUGGUCCUUUUAUAAACUGGAUUUGUAUGCAGACUGUUGCGCUAGUUGGGAGUGUUAGCGCUGGAGCUAACAGGCUAAGCUAACAAGCUAGCUGCAUACCGAAUCGUUAUUUUUGUUUUGAAUUCGUGCAACAUAGGUGAUCUAAAAUGGGCUAUCUUAAGUUAAUCGAGAUCGAAAACUUUAAAUCGUAUAAAGGAAAACAGAUUAUCGGACCCUUUCAGAAGUUUACUGCUAUUAUCGGACCGAAUGGAUCAGGCAAGUCGAACCUCAUGGACGCCAUCAGCUUUGUCCUGGCUGAGAAGACCAGUAACCUGCGUGUGAAAACACUGAAGGACCUCAUUCAUGGUGCACCUGUGGGUAAACCAGCAGCUAACCGGGCCUACGUCAGCAUGGUGUACCAAGAGGACACCGGAGUAGAGCGCUCCUUCACCCGAGUCAUUAUAGGUGCGUCGUCGGAAUAUCGCAUCAAUAACAAAGUGGUGGGGCUGCCGGAGUACAGCGAGGAGCUGGAGAAACUGGGCAUUCUCAUCAAGGCCAGGAACUUCCUGGUGUUCCAGGGCGCGGUCGAGUCCAUCGCCAUGAAGAACCCCAAGGAACGAACGGCCCUGUUCGAGGAGAUCUCCCGCUCCGGCGAGCUGGCUCAGGAGUACGACCGGCGUAAGAAGGAGAUGGUGAAGGCCGAGGAGGACACGCAGUUCAACUACCAUCGCAAGAAGAACAUCGCCGCUGAGCGCAAAGAGGCCAAGCAGGAGAAAGAAGAGGCCGAGCGCUACCAGAGACUGAAGGACGAAGUGGUGCGGGCCAACGUGCAGAUGCAGCUCUUCAAGCUCUACCACAACGAGUGCGAUAUCGACAGGCUGAACCGCGAGCUGGCGCAGCGCAACAAGGAGAUCGACAAGGACCGCAAACGCAUGGACCGCGUGGAGGAGGAGCUGAAGGACAAGAAAAAAGAGCUGGGCAGGAUGAUGAGAGAGCAGCAGACCAUCGAGAAGGAGAUCAAGGAGAAGGACGCCGAGCUGAACCAGAAGAGGCCGCAGUACAUCAAGGCGAAGGAGAACACCGCUCACAAAAUCAAGAAGCUGGAAGCUGCCCGGAAAUCCCUGCAGAACGCCCAGAAGUGCUACAAGAAGCGCAAGGCGGACAUGGACGAGCUGGAGCGUGAGCAGAAAGCCGUGGCGCUGGCCAGGCAGGAGUUUGAGGAGCGCAUGGAAGAGGAGGCGCAGAGCCAGGGCCAGGAUCUCCAGCUUGAGGAGAAUCAGGUCAAAGCGUAUCACCGGCUGAAGGAGGAGGCCAGCAAGCGAGCGGCUACUCUGGCCCAGGAGGCCGAGAAGUUCAACCGCGACCAGAAGGCGGAUCAGGAUCGGCUGGACCUGGAGGAGAGGAAGAAAGUGGAGACCGAGGCCAAGAUCAAGCAGAAGAUCAGAGAGAUCGAGGAGAACCAGAAGCGCAUUGAGAAGCUGGAGGACUACAUCACCACCAGCAGGCAGUCUCUGGAUGAGCAGAAGAAGCUGGAAGAGGAGCUCACAGAGGAGGUGGAGCAGGCCAAGAGAAGGAUUGAUGAGAUCAACACGGAGCUCAACCAGGUGAUGGAGCAGUUGGGCGACGCUCGUAUCGACCGGCAGGAGAACAGCAGGCAGCAGCGGAAAGCCGAGAUCAUGGAGAGCAUCAAGAGGCUCUACCCUGGUUCAGUGUACGGCAGGCUCAUCGAUCUGUGCCAGCCCACUCAGAAGAAGUACCAGAUCGCCGUGACCAAAGUACUGGGUAAGAACAUGGACGCCAUCAUCGUGGACUCGGAGAAGACCGGGCGCGACUGCAUCCAGUACAUCAAAGAGCAGAGAGGAGAACCCGAGACCUUCUUACCCCUCGACUAUCUGGAGGUUAAACCCACGGACGAGAAGCUGCGCGAGCUACGCGGUGCCAAGCUGGUGAUCGACGUGAUUCGCUACGAGCCUCCGCAUAUCAAGAAAGCUCUGCAGUACGCCUGUGGAAACGCCCUCGUGUGCGAUAACGUGGAGGACGCGCGCAGGAUCGCUUUCGGAGGCCCGUACAGACACAAGACGGUGGCUCUAGACGGAACACUUUUCCAGAAGUCCGGUGUGAUCUCUGGAGGUGCCAGCGAUCUGAAGGCCAAAGCCCGGCGCUGGGACGAAAAAGCCGUGGACAAGCUGAAGGACAGGAAAGAAAAACUCACAGACGAGCUGAAGGAGCAAAUGAAGGCGAAACGGAAGGAGGCCGAGCUGCGUCAGGUGCAGUCUCAGGCUCACGGGCUCCAGAUGAGGCUGAAGUACUCUCAGAGUGACCUGGAACAGACCAAAACUCGCCACCUGUCCUUAAACAUGCAGGAAAAGUCCAAGUUGGAAAGUGAGCUGGCAAACUUUGGCCCACGUAUCAACGACAUCAAGAGGAUCGUUCAGUCACGCGAGAGAGAAAUGAAAGAGCUCAAGGACCGCAUGAACCUGGUGGAGGACGAGGUGUUUUUGGAUUUCUGUAAGGAAAUCGGAGUCAGAAACAUCCGAGAGUUCGAGGAGGAAAAAGUAAAAAGGCAGAACGAGAUCGCCAAGAAGCGUUUGGAGUUUGAAACCCAAAAGACUCGCCUGGCGAUCCAGUUGGACUACGAGAGGAACCAGCUGAAGGAGGACCAGGAUAAAGUCGCCACGUGGGAGCAGACGGUCAAGAAGGACGACAAUGAGAUCGAAAAGCUGAAGAAGGAGGAACAAAGGCACAUGAAGAUCAUUGAUGAAACCAUGGCUCAGCUUCAGGAUCUGAAGAACCAGCACCUCACCAAGAAGUCAGAGGUCAACGACAAAAACCACGAAAUGGAAGAGAUCCGCAAGAAGCUCGGCGGCGCCAACAAGGAGCUGACGCAGCUUCAGAAGGAGGUGACGGCCAUCGAGACCAAGCUGGAGCAGAGGCGCAGUGACAGACACAACCUGCUGCAGGCCUGCAAGAUGCAGGAUAUCAAACUCCCUUUCCGGUCAGGAACCAUGGACGACAUCAGCCAGGAGGAGGGGAACUCGCAGGAGGAGAGCAUGAGCAGCAGCCAGAAAACGUCCAGCACCGUUUCAGCUAAAGAAGCUCUUAUCGAGCUCGACUACAGUUGCCUGUCUGAAGAUCUCAAGGACGCUCUGUCGGAGGAGGAGAUAAAGGCCGAGAUGAACAGCCUUCAGCAGAAGCUGAACGAGCAGCAGAGCAUCCUUCAGAGGAUCAGCGCCCCCAACAUGAAAGCCAUGGAGAAGCUGGAGAGCGUCAGAGACAAAUUCCAGGAGACCAGCGACGAAUUCGAGGCCGCUAGGAAAAGGGCGAAGAAAGCCAAGCAAGCGUUCGAGCAGAUCAAGAAGGAGAGGUACGAUCGGUUCAACGCCUGCUUCGAAUCCGUCGCCACCAACAUCGACGAGAUCUACAAAGCCCUGUCACGCAACAGCAGCGCUCAGGCUUUUCUGGGACCGGAGAACCCCGAGGAACCGUACCUGGAUGGCAUCAACUAUAACUGUGUGGCCCCGGGGAAACGUUUCAGGCCCAUGGAUAAUUUAUCCGGAGGGGAGAAAACCGUAGCCGCUCUCGCUCUGCUCUUCGCCAUCCACAGCUACAAACCUGCUCCGUUCUUCGUCCUUGAUGAGAUCGAUGCAGCCUUGGACAACACCAACAUUGGGAAGGUGGCCAACUACAUCAAGGAUCAGUCGGUCCAGAACUUCCAGGCCAUCGUCAUCUCUCUGAAAGAAGAGUUCUACACCAAGGCCGACUCGCUCAUCGGAGUUUAUCCCGAGCAAGGAGACUGUGUUAUCAGUAAAGUCCUGACCUUCGACCUGUCUCAGUAUCCAGACGCGAAUCCCAACCCUAACGAGUGAUUCCGACCCCCACGUGUCCGAAUCGUCCGGCGUUUCUGGUUGUUGUUUUUUUAUUCCACGUCGGCUCGUUGUGUUUAGACUGUAUUUGAUAUGUCGUGUAGGAUCGUUUCACAGCUCUUCUGCUUUUAUCGAGUUUUCUUUUCUUCUUUUUUUUUUAAAAAUCUAUAAAGAAUUGUGUUUUUUCACCUUUCCACCUCUCGAUGGAGGAGAGCAGAGGCUGCCCAGACCCCAAGAAACCCACUGAACCCACUUUUUCUUUCCCCAUAUAUCAGGGGCAUUCAUGACUCCCUCCAGCUACAGACACACAGCCUGUCUGGCUGAUAUCAGAGCUGAGAUUCAAACUCGAGACCUCGAGACCUCAGCACUGGUGGAAGAGUUGUCGUUAUGCUUCCUCUCUACUGGUGCCGACCCCCUUUCCUCGAUUGAGGCGUGGCGAACUGACACGCCCCCUCCGACGCGUGUGCGGUACCCGACUGCAUCUUUUCACCCGGACGAAGCGAGCUCAUACGCGGAUCAGCUUCGUGUACGGAGAGCCACACCCUGAUCCAAUGCAUCAUCCAGCAGAGGUCGCUAUUGCAUCGGUCAUGAGCUCCCUAUUCAGCUCCCACCCUGUACGAACAACAGCCAAUCAUUGUCCGUGUAGCUGCCCAGCCCAGCCGGACGGCAGAGCCGAGAUCCGAACCGACGAGUUCGAUAUGUGCCAGCGUCAGCGUGUUUUGCCGCUCGAGCCGCCGCUUAUUCUGUAGACGUUUUCCAUUUCAGCGGGUUUAUCUCCGUUUUGGUUUUGUAUUCGGGUCCAACACCCCCCCCCCCCGUCCCCCUCUCAGUUCUGCCAUCACGUGUGAUCAUGUGAACAUUGUACUGGAUUUAAAGCUCUGUGCUGAAUUAUGUGUAACGUUUUAAAUCAGGACGGGUUUUUUUAUUUUUUAUUUCCAGUCCAGAAUUUUUGGUUUUUAGGUUUGUGGCCUCAUCAGAAUUUUGCUUCAUUCCAAAAUCUCAGCAAUUAUUGUUUCCUGUUACACUAAAAUGUACGAUUAUGAUGUUUUAUGAACAAUAAAGUGUUUUCUAGUA